AACACUACUCCUUCGUCUCCUUCUGAUAACAGUGGCAUCAUCUCAUCCUCUGCGUCCCAUCAUCGUCACACCUAUCGCUCUUCUUCUCCAUAACUGUAUAUUGCUCCACUAGAAUCCAAUGCCUUUCAUCAUCUGGAAAUAAAAAAUCACAAUGCUCUUCUCUCCCAAUUGAUUUUCUCAAUUCGGAUUCGAUUCAGUUGGUAUUGGUUUCGAUACAGAGAGAGAAAUAGAGAUCGAAUCACAUCUCUUAUUACUCUCUCUCUCGAUUAGUGAGAGAGUGGAUGAGAGGCGUGUGCGAGAGCGGAUCUCGGAACUGAUCGAUGAGAUGAGACUGUUGGUAACCUUCAAGAAGAAAAAGCGCAAGUCGGAGCUCCGAACAGAUAGUACCGCGGCGAAACCCGAUCCGAGAUGAAGUUCUACAUAUCAGCGAGCGGGAUUAAGAGAGUGACCGUAUCGAAUGACGUAGCAGGCGGCGGCGGCGGCAGCGGAGGUAUGAAGGGGAAAGGAACGGCGUCCUCGGGACGACGGCUGUCUCAGCGCACGGUUUUUCCGGUGGUGCUGAUGCUCGGGAUUGUUUUGCCAUGUCUCUUCCUUCGAGUUGCUUUCAUUGUUCUCGAAUCGGCCGCCAUUUGUUCUUCUUCUCUCGAGUGUAUGGGCUGGAGAUUCUUUGGUGGGAGUGACUCAUUUCCGGUGAGUAACCUCAGGGAAGAGCUGGCAAAGGCAUUGAUGGAGGCUGACGUUGAUGACAAGGACGGAGGGGUGUGGAUGGAGAGUUCACCAACUUCAUUUAAGGAUCUUGUGGAAGAUGUAACGUCAAACAAACAAGAUAUGAAGGCCUUCGCUUUCAAGACCAAGGCUAUGAUGGUGAAGAUGGAGCGUAAGAUACAAUCAGCUAGGCACCGGGAGUCCAUAUACUGGCAUUUAGCUUCACAUGGUGUCCCCAAGGGCCUUCACUGCCUUUGCCUGAAAUUGGCGGAAGAAUAUGCUGUAAACGCCAUUGCAAGAUCUCGCCUACCCUCACCUGAAUUCGUUAACCGCCUCACCUCCUCUUCUUUCCACCACAUAGUUCUCCUUACAGACAAUGUCCUUGCCACCUCUGUUGUCAUCUCUUCUGCUGUAAAAAACUCUGCCAACCCUGAGAAACUAGUGUUUCACAUAGUCACUGAUAAGAAAACUUACACCCCAAUGCAUGCAUGGUUUGCAGUAAGUCCCAUUGGUUCAGCAGUUGUGGAAGUGAAAGGAUUGCAUCAAUAUGAUUGGUCUCAUAAGGUCAAUGUCGGAGUUAGUGAAAUGUUACGAAUCCAUCGUCUAAUUUGGAAUCAUAGCUAUAACAAUUUCCAAGAAGAGGACUUUGAAUAUGAGGAGGGGAACGAAAGAAACUUAGCGGUUCUUAGUCCCAGCUGUCUCUCUCUCAUGAAUCAUCUCCGGAUUUAUCUCCCUGAGUUGUUUCCAGAUCUGAGCAAGAUCGUGUUCUUGGACGAUGACGUUGUAGUACAACAUGACUUGUCGUCUCUAUGGGAAAUCAAUCUCCAUGGGAAAAUUGUUGGUGCAGUUGUUGACUCAUGGUGCGGACGAGAGUGUUGUCCGGGAAGAAAAUACAAGGACUAUUUCAAUUUUACCAACCCAAUCAUAGCAUCGUCUACUUUGGACUACAGUCGGUGUGGAUGGUUGUAUGGGAUGAAUGUAUUUGAUCUUAUGGCAUGGAGGAAGACCAACAUCACUGCAGCAUACCAUCAGUGGCUUAAACUUGUGAGUAUUCCAUCUAUUGAUUCGAGCCUAAAUUCUGGGUUGGCAUUAUGGCGUCCCGGAGCACUCCCGCCGGCGUUGAUUGCAUUUGAGGGUCAUGUGCAUCCCAUUGAUCCUUCAUGGCAUUUGAGUGGAUUAGGUUAUCAGCUUUCCCCAGCACCACCCCAGAUACUGCAAGCUGCAGCUGUCCUCCAUUUCAGUGGACCAGCAAAGCCCUGGCUCGAGAUUGGUUUCCCAGAGGUACGAAGCAUAUGGAAUCAACAUGUAAAUUUGUCGAACGAGUUUAUUAGGAAGUGCAGAAUCACAGGGUGAACAGGACAAAGUUCUCUCACUCUUGUCAACAUAUUUGUUUCAGGAUACAACCAGAGGUUUCGAGUGAGAUUGAGGGAAGAAGGUUUUGCCUUCAGUCUCUUCUCACUCUCAGCUCUAUACAGUGUGAGAUUGUUGUUCCAUGAGCAUAUAUAGAUAUAUGAUAGAUAUGUUAGCGCACCAUACACAAUGGAGUCUAGAUGUAAGCCUUCAAGAGAUGUAUAUGGUAUAGCAGUAUUCUCAAUAUUGCAAUUUGUAUGUGUAAAUCUAGUCAGAUUGCAGUAGAUCAUCACUAUUGUCACUUGUUCAGAGUUAUCUCAGAGAAAAGGAUCAUGUUCUGUAUUAAAGUAGAACAUGGUAUUGUGCUAUUUAUGUUAUUUUGUCCAACAAA